AUGAAGUAUUGGCCGCUCCUGGCCGCCGCCGCCGCCGCCCUCGCGCGUGCUCAGUUCUGCGAGCACAAGUGGCAGGGCCAAUUCGCCAAGCGCGAGGACCAGCCGCCUCAUCUUCAACUCCAACAACGACAGAGCACCACGCCGCCACCUCCGCUGGAGAUCAGGCCGCUCAUCGUCAGCGGGCCGUCCGAGAACCGCGUCGACCUCAUCUUCUUUGGCGAUGGAUACACGGAGGGGGAGAAGGACAAGUUCUUUGACGACGCCAUGGCUCUCGCCACGGAGCUGACGGACGGGAGGACGUUUGCCGAUGUCCUGCCCAUCAUGAACUGGUGGGCGGGCUUUACGGCUAGCAAUGAGAGCGGCAUCGGUGUUGGUGGCGUACCUAAAGAUACCGUAUACGGCCUCUACCGUGACGGGACCGAGCUCCGUGGCGUCUACUACGACAAGCCAGAUGUCGCUCGGGCGGCUUGCUCAUCGACCACUGCGUGCGACUACCCGAUGCUGCUCGGCAACGAUGAUCUCUACGGCGGGCUGGGCGGCGAGUUCACCGUGACGACGGCAUCACGCGUCAACGGUGCCGUGGUGCUCCGCCACGAGCUCGGCCACAGCAUCAUCGGAGUGGGCGAGGAAUACGACGGAGGCGAGGUCUACCGCGGAGUGAACUCGGCGCGAAACGUCAGCAACGUCCCCUGGAAGUCGUGGUACAGCGUCCCGGAGAAGGAGCCCGACGUGCAGCUCAGCAACAUGCCAAUUCAGGGCUACCCCUGGACGCUGCUGAACACCACGACGGCGUGGAGCACGAGCUUCCCGAGCGCGGGCACGUACGACAGCUAUUCGCUGCAGUUCAGCAUCAGCGGCGUGUCUGCGACUGAGGAUCUGAUGGUCACGCUCGACGGGAAGGAUGUCGGUUGGAGGUACAAGGAGGGUGUCGGACUGGACAGGAUCAUCUACCGGCUGCCGUUUCGGGAUGCGAAGCUGAGUGGAGGGGUGCACAACCUGACUUUUGAGCUUUUGAAUAAGGAUCUCGAGGGUAAGGCGCAGCUGUGCAACUUUCAGGUGCUGGAGUAUGGGGUUGCCGACGAGCAGUUCAACUUCACAAUCGGCCACAACUCCCUCUACCCGACCUACAACAUCCGCAACCAGACGACCUAUCGCCCGACCAACGACCUGUGCCUGAUGCGCGACGUCUAUACGUCUGAGUUCUGCGACGCCUGCAUUGAGGGACUCUGGCGCGCGCUCCUGACGCCCCUCAAGCUCAUCGACAAUGUCACCCAGACACCCGCUGACCCAUCCAGCCCCGGAGCGACCAAGGUCGAGCUGGCGCUGCUCCCGCUGGCUGACCUGCGGGAAAUACCCAACAAUGCGACCGAGCACUACGUCAUCACGUGGUUUGGCGAGGACGACUCGAACGUCCUGGACGAGUGGGCGAACAAGACGACGGCGAUGCUGGGGCCCGAAAUCGGGAGCUUUGGCGUUGAGGUCCGGUUUGUGAGCAGCCAGAUCCGCGAUGACCCCGAGGGCGUGACGCGGCAGAAGGAGAGGUACGUGGUGCAGACGUGA